AAUUUGAACGUUUUCACUUUGAAGGUCGUUCCGUAACUCCAGUGAAACCAGUUUUCAAAGACAUGCCUCGAGGUCGCAGUGUUAAACGAGGCUUCCGCCCAUCUCAUGCGCCGGUUCAAACAAUGCUUGUUCCAAGCCAUGCUGAAUGUGCUGCCACAAAUAAAGAUGAAGAGAUGAACGAACUUGACGAAACCAAAGCACCAAAAUUGAAUCCACUUAAAUCUAGCCCCAGCAAAAAGUCAGAUGAAUGUGGGGUAGAGGUUUAUGAAGACGAUGACGAGCUUGAAGAUUCUGAGUUGGAAAACAAUACCACCGGGAGGCGUCUGGUCGAGGGUGAUAUCGAUGUGGAUGAUGCUGAAAGUGAAAGUGCAGAGGAUGAACCUGUUGAAGAAGAACCUGAAGAUACUCUGACGCCUGCUGAGAAAGCCUCGCAAAUUUGUCGCCUUCCUGCAAAAGAACUUUGUACAGAAGAAACUCAACUGUUCCCUUUUUUAGAAAGUUCUUCAAAUUCUUUAAAGGAGUCAUAUAUUGCUGUCCGAAAUCUUGCCUGUUUAAUGUGGUCAGAAGACUCGUGUACACAGGUUACGCCUAAUAGGCUGUUCAUAUACGUGAUGAAUAAUAUGUCAGUCGAGAAUCUACGGGUGAUGAUCGAUUCUGGUUUGACUGCUCCUUUACCAGUACACCAAGGAUCCAACUCGUCUGCUUCUUCUGUUUGUGAGGAAAAUACUUCUGGUGUCGGUCGUGUCAGACAUAGCAAAGAGCUUUCUCGAUCUCUUCAACGCCAUCUAACAAGUUUAACUCUCCCAAGUAAUUACUUACCCUGGGGUACGCCUACUGCAAAAGCAAAUUUGGAACGGAUGACUUAUUUAGUUGUUUUGUUCUUGGAAAGAUAUGGAUAUAUCAACUUUGGCAUAUUUAAAAUUAUAUCUCCACCCUUAACACAUGUGAAUUCAUCUCGUACUGCUGAUCCUGCUACCACUGCAACUUUCCUAGGAUCGUCUAUGGAAAUAUUAGACAAAUCAGAUGUCCAACUAACACCCAGAAGAGCUGCAGCUGAGAAAGCUCUAGCAGCAACGCGUCGUGCUAGCAAUUCUCCUUCUGCCAGUACAUUACCACUUAGUUCAUCAUCUACGUCACUGACAACUCCUCAUUUUAUUAUAAUUGGUGCUGGUAUUUCUGGCCUAAUUGCAGCAAGACAACUGACCUAUUUUGGUGCCAAAGUUACUAUUUUAGAAUCUCGUGAUCGUGUUGGAGGUCGAAUAUGGACUUGUAGAAAAGGUGGAUAUCAAGCUGAACUUGGGGCCAUGGUUGUCACAGGUUUAUCUGCAAAUCCUGUAGCUAUAUUGGUACGUCAAUUAUCAUUAAAUUUGCUUCCAAUCAAUACCGAUUGCUCGCUAUAUGACUCACAAGGUCAUUUAAUAAACCGUGAUCUUGAUGAACAAAUUGAAGAAGAAUUCAAUCGUCUUCUAGGCACAGCUGCUUAUGUAUGUCAUUCUAAAGGAUUAGAUUCAUUAGUUCUUGAUUCGGGUGUUGAAAUUCCUUUAUCAUUAGGUCAAGUUAUUGAAUUGUUAAUUAAAUAUCAAGAAAAGCAUAAAAUACAGUUGAAAAUAACACAUCGUAAAUUGAUCUCACAAUUAUUAGAUCGUAAAAAUUCUCUAUUAGAUCAGAUGGUUAUUGAACGUAAAAAUAUUGAAGCAGCUUAUGAAAAGUGGUAUUCAGCAUCAAAAGCAUUAAAUAACCAAUCGUCACCAAUCCAUCACUAUACUCAACAGUCUAAAACACAAAAUCCUACGCAAAAUAAAUCUCGUGUACGCAAUGAUUCAUCAUCAUGUUCACCUCGUUCCAGUAGUACUGAACUAGAUGGAAAACUAGUCAUUGAAUCAGCUUCAUCAAAUGGAUCACAAAAAUCAGCUGAUAACAAUGCGGUAAGAUCAUCCUCUGCUACUGAUCUAUCUCAACGUCCUUCGUUACCAGUAUUUAAUGUUAGCGCUCAAUUCGAAGUUCGCCAGUUACUUAGUCAUUUACAUGAAGCUUGGAAGAAAUUUCAACCACUUCAAAUUGCCCUGUCUCAAGUCAAUAAGCAAUUAGAUAUAUUACUUCAAGAACCACCGAAAGAUAUGUAUUUAACCAAAGAAGAACGUUCUAUACUUGAUUGGCAUUUAGCUAAUUUGGAAUUUGCCAAUGCCACAGAAUUGCAUAAUUUAUCAUUACGUCAUUGGGAUCAAGAUGAUUUGUUUGAAUUAAGCGGUGAUCAUUGCGUAUUACAAGACGGUUACGGAUCAGUAACUGAUAAUUUAGCACAUUUUAUUACAUCUGGUCAGUCAUUAACAGUUGGAUUAAAACCUCGUGAUAAUCAUCUUACAUCUGUAAUAACAACAACAUCUUCAUCAAAUCCAUCCACUUAUAAACUUGGACCUGGUCAUAUUGAAUUGAAAAGUACAGUUAAACGUAUUUCUUACACUAAUACAGGUGUUCAAGUGGAUGUCCUUAAUUCGGCAUUUAGUCAAGAUGAUUUAAUUGAAUAUGAAGCAGAUGCUUUAAUUUGUACUCUACCAUUAGGUAUCUUAAAAGAAAUUAUCCAACAAGAUAAUGAAACAACCAUGCAUCAAUCACAAAUUACAACAAAUGAAUCAUCUAACAAUUGUCUUACAAAAUUAGUUGUACCACGUUUUGAGCCACGUUUGCCUGAUUGGAAAAUUUCAGCUAUUCAGCGUUUAGGAUUUGGUGUAUUGAAUAAGGUUGUACUUAUAUUUGAGAAGAGUUUUUGGGAUCGUUCACACAAUCUAUUUGGUCAUGUGAAUGAAUCAACAAAUUCACGUGGUGAAUUAUUUUUAUUCUGGUCAAUUACUGAUAAGCCUGUAUUGAUAGCAUUAAUUGCUGGUCGUGCUGCAUGUGAUUUAGAAAAUGAGAAAACUUCACCUACACGACGUCUAUCACCAGGAUCUAAAGGUCAAAACUCAUUAGUCAAUAAUUCUGCCACAUCAACAUCUCAUCUAUUAGGUCGUGGACUUAAAGAACCUAUUAUUAUACGAGCUAUGCAAGUUCUUCGUGGUAUUUUCAGCCAAGAAGGUAGUAGUAGUGUUAGUAACAGUAAUAAUAACAGUAACAUUAGUAAUUGUAAUGGUGGAAUGCAUAGUAAUCAAGAAAAGAAGAAACUUAUUAUACCAAAUUACGGAAUCACUCAUUCAACUGUAUUCAUUGUACAUCACAACUACAUUUCUUGCAUCAUUUUGGCUGUUUUGUAUAUCCUUGUCAAAAAUCAAUGAUCGCUUAUCGAUUUUCUAAUCAUUUGGUGUUAAUCCAACCGGAUUAGAUAUAUUUUCUUAAGUAAUAAUUCAACAGACGGGACAGUCUUAUACGACAGAUUUCUGCACACCAUUCCUUUGUUUUGAAUCAAUUAAAUUGUUUACCAUAUUUAAUUAUUUAUUCUAGCCAAUUGAUGCAUAUGUCACGCGAUGGAGAACUGAUCCAUAUUCACGUGGAUCUUACUCAUAUGUUGCUGUUGGAGCCACAGGUGCUGAUUAUGAUAUUCUUGGUGAACCAGUUUAUUACUCUAGUAGUUCCAGUGAUGAUAUUUCUAUGCCAACUAAUAAUCCUCGUAUAUUUUUUGCUGGUGAACAUACUUGCCGUUGUUAUCCAGCUACUGUGCAUGGUGCACUUUUAAGUGGUUUACGUGAAGCAGCUCGUGUAGCUAAUCAUUACUUUCCAGGUCAAACACCUGUACGUGCGUCAGGAUUUAAAUUAAAUACUUCACAAUCGACAAAUCUACACUUCUAAAUUAUUCCAUUGUUUAUUUAUUUCCCUUUCUCUAGUUUUGUCAGUGUCUUCUCGGAAAAAGCUGUAGUUUCCCCUGUACCUGUACUUUAUCGACUGACUGUAGAUGAACUAUUUCAUAAAUAAUUAUUUUCCACCUAUUAGGUUUUAUCUAUCUUUAUAUUUAUGUGUAUUCACUCUUAUGGAGUAUAUUUUUUCCUGUAAAAUAUAUUGAUAUACUACAUUUGUGUGCAAUCGUGUCAUAUUUUGCAGUUUAUGUGUUGAUAUAUUUGCCUAACCUCUAUUCGUUUUGUGCAUAACGUAUGUUUGUAUGGAUCGAAUUUAAUUGUUUUGUAUUAUACGUGAAGUUUUAUCGGUUAUUAUUAUUAUUACUCUCUGAAUAUUUUUUGAUUUCUUUUAUUAUGACUAAUGCAUUCAUUACCCCGUUUUCAUUUUAUAAACAAACUUGAUAAAUUGUGAAAUACGAUAAAUGACAAAUGCUUGUUAUUCAGUGUUAUGUACAGUAUUGUGGUGUCAAACUUACCACUGGUUUGUAAACAGUCAUAUACAGCCAUGCUGAUGAGUUAAAGCUUUAUAUUGAAAUAUUUGCAUUAUUUAAUUGAUAAAUCAACGAACUCUUAGGGCUACUUAUUUUGUAUUGCAUAAUGAUGUUAUGCGAAGUUGUUUUGUCUUCACUUUAACACUAACCCUUUGUUUUUACUAUGGAUUAUCAGCAUGUAGUUUUUUUAAAAUAUUUUUGUUCUCU